CGCACUAUUCCGAAAGACCAACCAGAAACGUAUUAAAACCGCCAGUCGACAGCAGAUAGCACCACUGAGAACAUUCUCCACACGAUCAUCAUGAAGUUCGUCUUUGUUUGCCUCCUCGUCUCCCUCCUUGUCCUCGUCGUCGCCCAGGGGAGAAGUCUUGACGACAGCUUCGAGUCGGUGGACUUCGAGGAUGGAAGUGCUGAGAAUAGAUCCUUCGAGGAGCUGGCGGAUUUCGAUCUGCCUCAACCAGAGCUGAGGCUCGCUGACAGGCAUGGAAGGGGCAGACAUGGGUCGAGAAGACCAAGGACAUCAACAGCUGCAGCGGGACGCUAGUGCUCGUGUUCCACGAAAAUCAAACCAAUGAAUAAUAAAAUGCUUUGAUACAUG